AUGCUAGCAUCGCUCACCACUUGGAUCCGAAUCCUCCGCAUCUCGUUCGCCGUUCAAACCAUCUUCCACGUCUUCAUUCUUCCCGUCUACUUCAUGCACUACUCCACACUCUUCGCCGUUUUCUGUGCCCUCGCACAACUGAUUCUGGUCCUCAUUCACUACAAAAACGUGUUCUGGCCGGUCUGCGCCGCCGUCGUCGCCCUUUUCGAACUCUACUCGUUCCAACUCUGGGUCUGGAUCGUCGGAGCCAACGAAAGUACGUUUUUAAAGGCGCCUACCGUAAUCAUCAACUAUUUUUGGGGGUUUUUUUUAUAGACUGCUGGAUCUACACUGGAUUCGUUCGAAUGGAACUCGCUCUCAGCGUGCAAUUCGGAAACGGCCCCCAUCCGGAAGGAAAUGCAACUCUUAUCAAACUCGAUGUCCUUUGUGAGUUGUACAUAUCAGAGAUGUUGGGAAUUCCGUGUACCGUGUUCCGCGUUUUUUUCAAUAUUUUUUCCGUGUUCCGUGUUCCGUAAAAAAAAUUUCCGUGUUCCGUGUUCCGUGUUCCGUAGAAAUAAGUUUUUUUCCGUUUUCCGUGUUCCGUGUUCCGUAUAAACUAUAUUUUGCGCGGAAAAAUUCGAUCGCCUCGUAGAUCAAAUUUAUCUCCGGAAAGAUUAGGACAAUUGACGUUUUGUGGUCAAAAUUUGAAAAUUUUCGGAUUCGGACCAUAUUCGUGAAAAGUGGAUUCCAUUUUCAGUCGUUUUUUACUGUAGUUGUUUACUGUUGUGUUGUUGGUUUUGUUAUUUUUAUGAAAUUUUCAGUAAAACUUUCACAUGAGUCAAACAGCUGCCUUGUCAGUCAGAUAAUCGAAUUAAACAAAACAUUAUUUAAAAAAAAAAUCACUGGAAUUCUCUUGAAAACGCUUUUUUCCGUGUUCCGUAAAAAUAAGUUUUUUUCCGUUUUCCGUGUUCCGUAAAAAUUUCCGUGUUCCGUGUUCCGUAGAAAUAAGUUUUUUUCCGUUUUCCGUGUUCCGUGUUCCGUAAAAAAAAAAAUUUCCGUGUUCCGUGUUCCGUGUUCCGUAGAAAUAAGUUUUUUCGUUUUCCGUGUUCCGUGUUCCGUAAAAAAAAAAUUCCGUUUUCCGUGUUCCGUGUUCCGUAGAGUAACAUUUUUAUUCCCAACAUCUCUGGUACAUACAUAUGAUUUGAAAGGCUCGCGGAGCUCCAAUGGCUAUCGAAACUUUCCAAAUCGUCUGGAGAACUCCUCAAAAAAACCACCGACGUAUUGCGUAUUUUUCCAGUGAGCUUCCUGGCCUGCCUCCUCUUCAUGAUCCAGGCCUUCCACAUCUACUUCUCCGACAAAUCCGACGCGAUUCAACCGACGAAUGAGGUGGCGUCUCAGGAAUCUCGCGAUUGGACCGGACAACUGUUCCAGGAUUCGGACGGCUACUUCGAGGAGGCCUACGGUGCAUGCGACUGCGAGAAGAAGCCGAAAAUUUGA